AUCUUCUGUCGUCCACUUCAUAACUGUUCUACCGGGAGAGAAUGCUGGGAAGAGCAUGAACGCGAGGAGGACGGUUUCGAAUGUGACGAAGACGAGGUAAUGCUGCAUUUUAGGUUUAUACAAUGAGGUCUUGGUGAAAUAAUAACAAUCGCAAUAACUUUAGAUUCUCUGGAAAAGCAAUCUCCCUCUUUUUCUGACGCAUUUAUGAUAUUUUAAAUAUUUGUUUACAGAAAAGAUGCAAUAGGGAAUGUAUUGCAAUGGAUGUUGAAUGUGAUUGCGGAGAAGGCAAAGGUUAUUGUGUGUCGAAAGAGAGAUGUAUGCUUAAAGAAAAAUUGAACGAUAGAUUUGACUGUCCUCCUGUCUGUGAUGUAGAGGGAGAGGUAGGUUUAUUUAUACUGGAUAUAGCUCCAUACUUCUUAACUGUUCUUCCUAUAGAGGUCUAGUAAAGAUCAUCUCUUAUUGAUUCAGUGUCACUACAGGAGGAAACCUAAACUAAAUUAACUUUAUUUAUAUUUGAUAGCUCUAUCAGUUGCAUGAAAACUAUUCUUCCUACAGGUCCAGUAAGGAUCAUCUCUUAUUGAUCCAGUGUUACUACAGGAGGAAACAUAAACUAAACUAACUUUAUUUAUACUGGAUAGCUCUAUCAGUUCUAAACUGUUCUUCCUAGAGGUCCAGUAAGGAUCACCUCUUAUUGAUCCAGUGUUACUACAGGAGGAAACAUAAACUAAACUAUCUUUAUUUAUACUGGAUAGCUCUAUCAGUUCUAAACUGUUCUUCCUAGAGGUCCAGUAAGGAUCACCUCUUAUUGAUCCAGUGUUACUAUAGGAGGAAACAUAAACUAAACUAACUUUAUUUAUACUGGAUAGGCCUAUCAGUUCUACACUGUUCUUCCUAGAGAUCCAGUAAGGAUCAUCUCUUAUUGAUCCAGUGUUCCUUCAAAGGGAAGCCUAAACUAAAUUAACUUUAUUUAUGCUGGAUAGAAUCUUCGUAUGAAUUUUUAAUGUUUAAAUGUAUGUUUUCGUUUCAGCGUUACUGUCCAUUCUCAGAAAGAUGUAUUGGAGAAGAUGAAUUGUGUGGAUGUCCCAAGGACAAACCGGUACGUCUGUUUGCAUCCUAAUAUGAAACAAAUUGGAGUUUAUAACAUAAGGAGUACGAAAUUCAAUAUAAAAGCGUCUUCAUUUAUGGAUAUUUAUUGCCGUGGUAUCAAGACAACACGGUACCGUGCUGGUUUUCUAUAAAAAAUAUUAAUAUGAGCAAUUAUUCAUUUUAUUUAAAGGUUGCUUGUGCGCCAUUGAAGGAAUGCAUCAGUGCAAAUGACUCAUGUCCUUGUCCAGGAAAUCAUACAUUCUGUGCAAGCACGUGGGGCUGUCUCCCAGCGGGUGUGGAAUGUCCUACAUGUGGUAGGGGACAGGUAUAAGAAAUUGUAUUUUGAAGCACCUUGUACAACUUAAAUAUAGCGAUUUCUUACUUAGAAACUAUGUCCUAGUCCAACCCUAACCGCUAGCUGUCGGUAUAACCAACGUAAGAAACUAACCGCGAUCCCUAAUAGUAAGAGUAGAGAGGUUAGGAUAGCCGGUUUACGGGUACGGUUAGUGUCAUUUUGUUUCGAAAUUUCCCCUAGAGUUUGCAUGUUUGAACAUACUUUUUCCAUUUAAAGUCCUUCCCUCCUGUAUAUUAAUUUUUCUCACUACAUAGAUGUAUAUGUAUGUUUAUGUCAACCUGCUUUUGUUCUAGAAAUAUUGUGCAUUCAAAGGUGGCUGUAUUCCACGUGAUGUUGGCUGUGGCUGUGAAGCUGGAACUGUACGUAUUCCUUUAAUAAAUACACGAAGCAAAACUUACUGAACAUCAGACAUCAUUUGCUCUUUGGCGUAUCAUCUAAAAUCUCUCGAUUUUAGCGUUAUUUUACAGAUAAGGCACCAUUUUUAUUUUUGCUAACUGCUUGUUUUGUUUCUUAGAAAUUCUGCCCAUUCCGUCAUAGAGCGGAUAUGCCUGCUUGUGUAAAUGUCACCACAAGAAAAGAUGCCUGUGAAUGUCCUGAUUCCCAGGUAUGUCAAGGAUCAGAAAUGCUUAAUACUUGGCUUUAACCUUAUAAGCACCAUUAUUAUUUUAUUCUGUCUAAUGCCAGAUGAUUUUACUUGUCAAGGGCAGAGAGCUCUGGCGCUCAGUGGGUUCCUAGUCAUAAACAAUGAGUAUAAUAUUGUGUUUCUUGUUUCGGUAGAAACCAUGUUUGACUCAAAUGAGGUGUAUUGACAGAGAAGCUGAGUGCGCAUGCCCAGAAGGUCAAGAAUAUUGUCCAAGGGGUGGGGAGUGUGCAGAGGGAGGCUGUCCCAAGUUGGAAUGUCCUGAAGAUAUGGUAUGUACUGAUGGUGAUGGUUGUGAUGACGAUGAUGAUGGUGAUGAUGAUGGUGAUGAUGGUGAUGGUGAUGGUGAUGAUGGUGAUGGUGAUGGUGAUGAUGAUGGUGAUGGUGAUGGUGAUGGUGAUGGUAAUGGUGAUGAUGAUGGUGAUGGUGAUGGUGGUGAUGAUGGUGAUGGUGAUGGUGAUGAUGAUGAUGAUGAUGACGAUGGUGAUGAUGAUGAUGAUGGUGAUGAUGUUGUGAGGGUGAUGGUGAUGAUGAUGAUGAUGAUGAUGAUGGUGAUGAUGAUGAUGAUGAUGACGAUGAUGAUGAUGAUUGUGAUGAUGUUGUGA